GGCUCCAAAAUGGGGGGGAGCUUCCAGGCAGGAGCUGAUUUCCAUUUCAAACUGCAUUCUGGUACUUUGUACUCCAGCACCAUUGGCCGAUCAAUAUUUAAUGCUUGGAGAUUCUGACUCUGCAGGAGUCAUGUCAGGGGACCCUGAGAGCCAAUCUGCUUGAGCUUCUGCGUGAUAAUUAUUCAUGGGCUCCUGCCUCUCGCUCUUUCUCUAGCACGGUCCCACUCUGCAGACUCAGUGCCUUACUCAGACUCCUCUCUCGCUCUCUCCGCGGCUACAGCUGGACCCUUCUCCUUCGCCUUCGCCACCGCUCCGAGCGUGCACAUCCCUACAAUGGCUAAAACAGCAAUGGCCUACAAGGAAAAAAUGAAGGAGCUGUCUAUGCUGUCACUGAUCUGCUCCUGCUUCUACCCGGAGCCUCGCAACAUCAACAUCUACACCUACGAUGACAUGGAGGUGAAGCAGAUCAACAAGCGUGCCUCCGGCCAGGCUUUCGAGCUGAUCUUAAAGCCACCAUCUCCCAUCUCGGAAGCUCCACGAACUCUAGCUUCUCCAAAGAAGAAAGACCUGUCUCUGGAGGAGAUCCAGAAAAAGCUGGAGGCUGCAGAGGGGCGAAGGAAGUCUCAGGAGGCCCAGGUGCUGAAGCAGUUGGCAGAGAAGAGGGAGCACGAGCGAGAAGUCCUCCAGAAGGCCUUGGAGGAGAACAACAACUUCAGCAAGAUGGCGGAGGAGAAGCUGAUCCUGAAAAUGGAACAAAUUAAGGAAAACCGUGAGGCUAAUCUAGCUGCUAUCAUUGAACGUCUGCAGGAAAAGGAGAGGCAUGCUGCCGAGGUGCGCAGGAACAAGGAACUGCAGGUUGAACUGUCUGGCUGAAGCAAUGGCGGGUAUGGCACGCCCCUCCCAUAGUAAAUCCCCCUGCCUAUAUUAUAAUGGAUCAUGCGAUAUCAGUAUGGGAAAUGUAUGACAUGGUUUAAAAAGAACUCAUUAUGAAAAAAAAAAAACAGAAUCAAAAAUAAAAUAAAUCAAUGCGGUCUCUUUGCAGAAUGUUUUGCUUGAUGUUUAAAAAAGUACCUUGGAUCUUAUUUUGUAAAUAUUUACAUUUUUGUUAAAAAAUACAAGUAUUGCAUUAUGCAAGUUAUUUCAUAAUCUUACAUGUCCUGUAACAGGCAUUCGAUGUUGUGUCUUCCCACUCAAAUGAAUUUGCUAGCUCUGUUCUUUUGGAAGCUCCCCCAUGUUGAACUCAGUCCCUGCCCUUUUCAUUCCAACCCAAAAAUGAGGUCAGUAGACAGUCUAUGGUGCUAGAAACCCACCAUUGCCUAGUGACCUAGAUGACUCUAUAAUCUCCGAGCUUGGCCAAGACCACACCUAGAUCGUGGGGACCGUGUGCCCAUGUGAACCUCCACAUUUCUCUGCUCAUAAUCUGCUUCCUGCCUAGAAACCACAAAGCCAGGCUAAGGAAAUCCACCAAUCCUAGCACUGACUUCUGCUUCUCGUGGAGUGUGUGUUUCACACGUGUUUGGGUUUUAGAAAGAGAUGGAUGGGAAGACAGAGCUGUGCUCAAUGAGGGUAGAAGGGCGAGGCUGAACCUUCUAAUGGGCCGAACACAAACACAAAGCCAGAGGGUUCGAGCGGCCAUGACGUUGUUCUUCAUGAAGUGGGCUUACUUCUCUUGUUUCGGUUAUUUUGAUGGAAUGACUUAAUCAACAUGUCGGUGGCUUAUCUGUGGGUGCCAUGGGUGACGAUGUUCGUUUUAAGCUUUUGCCUGUAGUACAAGCACAUGAUGCUACUAAAUAUUUUUCCACUUGGAGACUGUGAGCUGGUUGUUGCAUUAAACACACAAACGAAAUCACAAACACUGUGGACUGUUACUCAAGCUGGUCUUUCAUCCCCAGUGUAGGGCAAUCCUGCCUAUAAACAAGACCAAAUCACUCCAUCUGUGACGCUGCCGCAGUUAAGGGGGCUAGGCAGGGCAUUUGUGCCACUGUAAGAAUCAGCAGAGACCCAGCAUACGUACCUUUUGCAGUUUUGAAGUUGUCUCUCCCCAACUCCCAACUCCUGAAGGUUGCUGCCUGCAUACUUACUCCUCAUCAGUGCUAUCUUCUUGUAUGUCAUUGUGAGCAAACUGUGAUGAAUAAAGAAUUGGAGUUCUGUGAACUAAUAA